CGCUUCCGUCCGUCGGGACCGACAUGGCGGCGGCGGCCGCCUUUUCUUCCUCCUCAGUGCUGCGCCCGGGCUUGGCGCCGCUGAGGCGAUGGCGAGCCCUCUCGCACCCGGCGCCCCGGCCCGCCUACAGCACCAGCAGCUCCCCUCGCAGCGCCGCCAGUGAUGAAGCAACCAUUAUCUCAGGGACAAAGCUUGCUAAACAAGUUUUGAAAGAAGUUCAAAGGGAUGUAGAAUCAUGGAUAUCCUGUGGAAACAAGAGACCUCAUCUCACGGUCAUAUUAGUAGGAGACAAUCCAGCUAGUCAUAUCUAUGUCAGAAACAAGAUAAAAGCAGCUGCAGCUGUAGGCAUUUCUAGUGAGAUCAUACUGAGGCCUAAAGACAUUUCUCAGGAAGAACUCUUAGAUAUGACGGUAAAACUCAACAAGGAUUCAACAGUUAGUGGUUUAUUAGUUCAGCUACCUCUCCCAGAUCACAUAGAUGAACGGACAGUUUGUAACGCUAUCGCACCUGAGAAGGAUGUGGAUGGGUUCCAUAUCCUGAAUAUCGGACGUCUGUGUCUCGAUCAGCCUUCUGUCAUACCUGCCACUGCUGCUGCCGUGUGGGAGAUCAUAAAACGGACAGGAAUACAAACAUUUGGAAAAAAUGUUGUUGUAGCUGGAAGAUCUAAGAAUGUUGGAAUGCCUAUUUCAAUGCUUUUACAUACUGAUGGAGAGCAUGAAAGGCCUGGAGGUGAUGCUACAGUGACCAUUACUCACAGAUACACACCGAAAGAGCAGCUCAAGAUCCAUACACAACUCGCUGACAUUGUAAUAGUAGCUGCAGGUAUCCCAAAGUUGAUUACAACUGAUAUGGUAAAAGAAGGUGCAGCUGUGAUUGACGUAGGCAUCAACCAUAUCCACGAUCCUCUUACAGGAAAGACCAAAUUAGUUGGGGAUGUGGACUUUGAAGAAGUGAAGAAGAAGGCUGGCUUUAUCACUCCAGUGCCGGGAGGGGUAGGACCUAUGACUGUUGCAAUGCUUCUGAAGAACACACUCAUAGUUGCUAAAAAGCUCAUUUACUAGAGCAAGCGGGCUACCUUCGAAGAUGAAUCCAAGUUGUUCUAUUUAUUGAUACACAAAACAUUUAUUUUUUACUACAAAGAUAUUUAUUUCUACAUUGUAUUUAUUUUUUCAUGUCAACCUGAUGGUUUACAAAAUGUUAAAAUACUUUGUUUUACCUCCUACUGACUUAUUGUGAGCAAAAAUGAUUUGGAGGAUGCAGCCUAUGCAGAUAUGUUGGUGGUGGUGAAUUAUGUGUGUGAAAAUGAAGAAUGAAGCAUGAAUAACAACAAUACCUGUGUGUCUGGGGAUGGGGUGCAGUUACCAAGACCUUUUAAGCACAUCUUUCAAACAGUAUAAAAACUAAGUUUCAGCAUGCUAGAUAUCUUUUCAAAAUAUGGUUUGGGUUCUGAGGUCGUGAAGCACUCCGGGUGUAGUUUGAAAUCUUGAAUUUAUUUUGUUAAAACACUUAGAGAUCGCAGCAAAAAUGUUCAAUCUGAAAGGAGUGAAGGACUGAAAUGUUUGUUUCAGCUGCCAGGCAGUAACAUGGACAUGAAGACAGAUGUUCAGGGCAUGUUUUAAAAUAGUCAUGUAAACUUGAACACUGGUGAAAUGCUGACCUUAAACAUAUGCCAGAGGUGUAUGCAUGAAAAAGUAGCUAGAAUAGAGGCCAGAAUUUUUUUAUUUCCACAUGUGGAUUUCUUUGACAAAAUGUUUUGGUGCAUAAUACCCUCAUCCCACAAAAGGUGACUGGGCUGGAUUGGACUUUAGUUAGGUAGAAUUUAGGUAAAACUACUGUGUGUGUUGGAAUUUUCAGCCAUUUAAUUAUUCUCUUUGUUUUCUGAAACUGCAUGAAGGGUUUGGUUUAUUCAGUCUGUGAUGUAGGAGUCAGCCCUAUGAAUCCUUGGCUACAGUGUUUUGCUGCUUAGAGAGGACUGUGUGGGAUAAUAAGAUCAGUACAUUUCUUUUCCCAAAACUUUUAGUUACAAAGAUGUAUAUAGAAUACUCUCAUGCAAUGUAAAAGUUGGAGCAGAGCAGUUGAACUGAGUGUCUGUAAUAUUGGCAUGAAGAGCCUACCCUGAUUCCCACUGAAGCCAGUGGGAGCCAGUUUGGACUUUUAUCUUCAUGUUUUUGUCUCAGUUGGGAUAACUUUAAUUUUCAUCAAGAGCCUUGGGUGUUUGCUGCUUGAAAGGGGAAGGAAAAAAAACAAACUGUGGCCAAAUAUUAUUUCCAUUAAACAAAAAAAUGUGCUUACUGCAAUAGAAGAAACAAGAUGGAGCAUCACUGCUCUGCUGAUUGUCCUUGUGAUGGACUUUCUGAGAGUUGUGUUUAAUGCAGUGUUUGCAGAAGAGGAGGUCAGGAUCAUGACUAAAUAUAUAAUGCCAAUAAUGCAGACACUUGCUUAUCUGUUUAAAUUUCAGCAGUAGUACGAAUGUUAGGAGGAUGAAGGUGCCUGUGGAGAUAAUGCUUAGACUGAUCAACCCAUCAUUGACUAAGAUGGAAUAAAACUUGUUCACUGUCA